GUCCUGUUUGCCAGCUUGUUGACCCUCUGUGUUCCCCUCCUGCAGAGUUUAGGAGCCGUUGCUGUGGACGGAGAAAUGGGGAUGUGAGCAGCCAUUAGAGGACAGCCACGGUGUCGGUGAGCCCCCAUCUGCUCGUGUGCGGACUGAGCUUGGAGGGGCUGAGCUUCGAUGGAGGACCACAUGACAGGGCACAACAAUGGGAAGCGUUAUAAGUGUGACGUGUGUGGCAAGGCCUGCCGGAGCCCGAGCAAGCUGGAGAUCCACCGGCGGAUGCACACGGGAGAACGCCCCUUCAACUGCUCCACCUGUGGCAAGGGCUUUACCCAGUUGGCGGUGCUGCUGGAGCACCAGCGGGUGCACAGCAGUGAACGGCCCUUCACCUGCUCCGACUGUGGCAAAGGCUUCAAGUCGUCGAAGGGAAUGAAGGUGCACAGGCGUCUGCACACCGGGGAGCUGCCCUACAUCUGCAGCGAGUGCGGCAAGGGCUUCAUCAGCAAAGGCAGCCUGCUGGUGCACCUGCGCUCCCACACUGGCGAGCGCCCCUACACCUGUGCCCAGUGCGGCAAGGGCUUCAGCCACUCCAGUAGCCUGUUGAAGCACCAGCGCAUCCACACUGGCGAGCGCCCCUACACCUGCACCCAGUGCGGCAAGGGCUUUACCAGCUCUAGCAACUUGCUGUCCCAUCAGCACUCUCACAACAGCGAUCGCCCAUACACCUGUGCCCAGUGCGGCAAGGGCUUCACCAGCUCCAGCAGCCUGCUGGUGCACCAGCGCUCCCACACUGGCGAGAGUCCCUACACCUGCACCCAGUGUGGCAUGGGCUUCACCCGCUCCGACGGCCUGCAGGAGCACCAGCGCACCCACAUUGGCGAGCGUCCCUACACCUGUGCCAAGUGCGGCAAGGGCUUCAUCACCAACAGCAGCCUGCUGAAGCACCAGCACACCCACACCAGCGAGCGUCCCUACACAUGUGCCCAGUGCGGCAAGGGCUUCACCAGCUCCAGCAGCCUGCUGGUGCACCAGCGCACCCACACCGGCGAGCGCCCCUACACCUGUGCCCAGUGCGGCAAGGGCUUCACCCUCUCCAGCAGCCUGCUGAAGCACCAGCGCACCCACACCAUCGAGCACCCCUACACCCUGUGCCCAGUGCAGCAAGGGCUUCAACAGCUCCAGCAGCCUGCUGGUGCACCAACGCACCCACACCGUCGAGCACCCUUACACUUGCACCCAGUGCUGCAAGGGCUUCACCCGCUCCACCAGGCUGCUGUCCCACCAGCGGGUGCACGCCGGCGACCGUCCCGUCCCCAGCCCGGUGUGUGGAGAGCAAUUUGCCACGGCCUCCCACGCCCUGUCUCACCAGCACGUGCACACCAGUGGCCAGCCCUACGACUGCCCGUACUGUGGUGAGGCGUUUGACAGCUCGCGGGGGUUGCGGCAGCACCAGCGGACCCAUGCCAGUGAGCAGCUGCUCCCACUGUGUCAAGAGUGCAUGGGGACUGCAGGAGCACCAACGGAUACACACCAGGGAGAGACCCUUUGUGUGCGCUGAGUGUGGCAAGGGUUUCAUCCGCAUGUCCAGCCUGUGUCAACACCGGCGUACCCACAGCGGUGAGCGUCCCUUCCCCUGCCCGUCCUGUGAUAAGGGCUUCACCCGCCUUGUCCACCUGCUGGAGCACCGGCGAGUCCACACCGGCCAGCGCCCCUUUUACCUGCCUGCUCUGUGGCAAGGCCCUUGUCCGUUCCUCCAGACUGCUGGCACACCGCCACGUGGAAAGGUGCUGUUUAAGUAAACACAAAGUGCUGGAAGUAAUGGGUAACGUUUCUGGUCGAGACCUUCCUCUGUCUAGAUCCGAAAUGUCACCCAUCCUUCUUUCCAGAGAUGCUGCCUGUCCCUCUGAGUUACUCCAGCAUCUUAUGUCCUUUUUUGUAAACCAGCAUCUGCAGUUCUUUGUUUUUAAACCAUUCUAGUUAACUGUAUGCAAUACUCCAAAUGCUACCUGACAAAUGUCCCCUUAAAGCUGCACAUAUACAUUCCUUAUCUCACACCCUUUUAUCUCCUUAUUUUCCCUCGCCUCUGACACUUACUUCACUCAUCUGCCGAUCACCCCCUCAUCUAUUAACAUAGUUUCAGUCUGAAGAAGGGUCCUGACCCGAAAUGUCACCUAUCCAUGUUCUCCACAGAUGCUGUCUGACCCGCUGAAUUACUCCAGCAUUCUGUGAAACGUCACCUAUCCAUGUUUUCCGCAGAUGCUGCCUGACCCGUUGACUUACUCCAGCACUUCGUGUCGGAGUCAUAUAGUGAUAUACAGUGUGGAACCAGGACCUUCGGCCCAACUUGCCCACACCAACCAACAUGUCCCGGCUACACUAGUCCCACCUACCUGCGUUUGGUCCAUAUCCCUCCAAAAGUGCCCUAUCCAUGCAAUUGUCUAUAACUGUUUCUUACACGUUGGGAUAGUCCCAGCCUCAACUACCUCCCACGGCAGCUUGUUCCAUGCACCCACCACCAUAUGUUGAAAAGUUACCCUUCAGAUUCAUAUUAAAUCUUUUCCCCUUCACCUUGAACCCAUGUCCUAUGGUCCUCGAUUCCCUCACUCUGGGCAAGAGAUUCUGUGCAUCUAACUAAAUUGUGUUCUAUGCAAGAUUCCAGCAUCUUCAAUUACUUGUGUCUUCCUCACCUAUAUCCACCUAUCAUUUCUGAAGAAGGGUCUCAAACUGAAAUAUCACCCAUUCCUUCUCUCUAGAGAUGCUGCCUGUCCCGCUGAGUUACUCCAGCAUUUUGUAUCCACCUAUCACUUGCCAGACUUUGUCCAGCCCCCAUCUCUCUUUCCCAGCUUCCUCCACUCAGUCUGAAGAAGGGUCCUGACUCAAAA